CGACGUGAAAUUGCAGAGUGAACCUAACCUUAUCUGUAACCGUCAUUUGUUAAUAGACGCGUCGUUAACGUAAGGUAUAAAGUAAAUAAAUUUUAGUUUAUAUUUUACAAGAUGAUGAAUGAGAAGAUGAUGGACGCGCGAAGACGCGAAAGAGAGUUGAUAGGAUUACGCGGAGUUCCUGAGGCUUGGAGCAGAUCCCCAACGCAAAUCGAAUAUAGCUCAGAGAAUGAUGAAGAUUUGAAUAAACACAAGGACAAUAUUUUACCAAAGGAUCGCAAGAGGAAGAGGCAUGAUGCUAAAAAGAAGAAAAGCAAGAAACUGAAAAAAGAGAAGAAAGCAAGGAAAGAGAAAAAGAGGGAAAAGAAGGCGAAGAGGGAAGCGAGGAGAGAGAAGAAGAAAAAGAAAGCAAAGAAAGAAACGGACAGUAGUAGCUCCGACGAUAGUGAUAGCAGCAACAGCAGUGACGAGGAGGUUUGGGUAGAAAAAAGCACCAUUCCUGAUAAGCCGAAACCAAAGAGAAGCACGAGUUCAGAUGACAGUGGAGACGAUAGUACGGUUGGACCCGCCCCGAAACCACACGUGACUCUCUCAGCCAAGGAUUUUGGUAAGGCCCUGCUACCAGGCGAGGGUGCGGCAAUGGCAGCUUAUGUCGCCGAAGGAAAACGCAUACCCAGGAGAGGUGAGAUCGGACUCACAUCAGAAGAGAUUGCGGCGUACGAAUCUGUCGGUUACGUCAUGAGUGGCAGCAGGCAUCGUCGCAUGGAAGCCGUUCGUAUUCGAAAGGAAAAUCAGAUUUAUUCUGCCGACGAGAAACGUGCCUUGGCAAUGUUCAGCAAAGAAGAACGACAGAAGAGGGAAAAUCUUAUAUUAGGACAGUUUAGAGAGAUGAUUAAUCACAAGAAAAUGGCACAAGAGAAGAAGAAUUGAAGACUUUAUCAUGAUCUAUGAAACAUUGACGCAGAAUCUUGUGUAUAUACGUAUUGUGUAAUUUUAAGCUUU